AUGCCCAGGCGCAAUGUGACUACCGUAAAAAGAACAGCCAAAACCUCAAGUUAUUUUGUCCGAUCAAGGGGGAAGAACGGCAAAUCUGGCAAUGGAGAUUUAUCGCAGACUUGGGGGCAAGUCAAGAGAAGGGAUAUCAAGUCUGAUGAAAAGAAUAUAUGCACGAUUAGUGCUGUAGAUGGGGAAUCUCCGUUGACACUAGAUGAUGAUGAGCCCGCGUGUCGAGAUGUCGUGCCUGUGUUGGCACAGACACAGACAUGCGAGUUAGUCUUGACAGCCAUGACAGAGCUGCAGAAUCAAACUACUAGAUCUGAUCUUGAGAACCAGGGGGAUGUAGAGAUUGCAAUUCCUACGGCUAGUGCUCAUGUGUUGACGGAGCAAUUACUGCUUCAACCAGUUGAUGCAACGGAGAUCGUCGACCGAGGGGAUACUCCUACUGACUGCGACGACGACGACGACGUUGAUGAUGAUGAUGAUAUCACGAAUCUAGAAAAAGGAUCAUUGUUUCAACUUCCGCCUCCAAUUAAAAAAGAACAAGUACAAAAACGCCCCAGAUCAUCCUCCCCCCGCAAACAACCCCCAAAACUAAGCCCCUACUUCCCCAAACCCCUCCCUCUAAUCGAAGCAUCCUGCCUCCCCUUCCCACCAAUCUCAGCACCGACCUUCGGCCUAAUCCAAGAACAACUCUCCCUCUCUCCCUUCCGGCUUUUGAUCGCCACGAUAUUUCUGAAUCGAACCCGGGGGCCCGUCGCAAUACCCGUUCUUUUCAAACUGUUCGAUGUAUAUCCCACAAUUGAAGACAUGGCAUCCGCAAACCAUGAGGAUAUAGUGGCGAUAAUCCGUGGAUUGGGGUUCCAAAAUCAACGAGCUACAAAAUUCAUUGCCUUGGCGCGGAAGUGGCUUGAGUCUCCGCCAGAGAAGGGGAAGAGGUAUCGCAAAUUGAACUAUCCACUGAAACGGGAUGGGGCGGAUAUUGCCUCUGACGAGAUUGUGCCCGAUGAAGAUGAUCAUUAUGCCGGUGAUGGGCAGUCUGAUAAAAGAGUGGCAUGGGAGAUAGCGCAUUUACCUGGCGUGGGCGCAUACGCCAUUGAUUCGUGGCGGAUAUUUUGUCGAGAUCAUCUUCGCUACGGCCCAUCGCCCUCGACUACACCCGAUGAUAGUUGUUGCCCUGAGCCAGAAUGGAAACGAGUCCUCCCUCAAGACAAAGAGUUACGAGCCUAUCUCAGCUGGAAAUGGCUCCAGGAAGGAUGGGUAUGGAACUGUGAGAAUGGGACGCGACAAAAAGCCGAUGCAGAAAUGACGAAGAGAGCUGAAAAGGGUGGUGUGGCGUUUGAAGGUGGGGAUGGGCAUUUGGUUGUCAUGAAUAUUCAACCUACUUCAACUAGUGUACAUGGACUGCGGGACGUAAGAAAGGCUGGGUUUACAUUGGACUGUCCUUGA